AUCGGCAGAAGGCUGAAGGCAGACGAAUCCAUUCUUUUUCCGUGCUUCUUCAUAUCCUUACAUCUUCUCUCAUUAUCAAGUCUUCCCUGGCUCCGCCACUGGCUACCGCGCGUUACCACCCCACACUCUUGCUUUUUCCCCACCGCCGAAGAGAAUCACCGCCGCAUUUAGACUUUCCGAUCGAACGAUGUGCAGCCACACUUCGGCUUGCGCGCCUACUCCGCCGGCCGCGAAGAAGGUGAGGCGCGAGAUGGAGCUUUUUGGCGACGUGAGGGUCGACAAUUACUACUGGCUCCGCGACGACAGCCGCUCGGACCCCGAGGUUCUCUCUUAUCUCCGGGAGGAAAAUGAAUACACCGACCGCAUCAUGUCUGGCACAAAAAAGUUGGAAGAUGAUAUAUAUACUGAGAUAAGAGCAAGAAUCAAGGAAGAUGACAUAUCUGCACCUAAACGGAUUGGCCCUUAUUACUACUACGAACGGACACUGCAAGGGAAGGAAUACACUCAACACUGUAGACGCCUUGCCCCGAAUCACGAAGCACCAUUAUCUGUUUAUGAUAUCAUGCCAACGGGACUGGAUGCCCCGCCAGAGCAUGUAAUCCUUGAUGAAAAUGUCAAAGCCCAAGACCAUGAAUUUUACCGUAUUGGUGCCUUUAAGGUAAGUCCUAACAAUAAGUUAGUGGCAUAUGCUGAAGACACCAAAGGAGAUGAGAUAUAUACUGUUCACAUUAUUGACAUUGAAUCUCAAGCACCUGUUGGGGAGCCUCUCGUUGGGUUGACAUCAGAACUUGAAUGGGCAGGUGAUGAGGCCAUAGUUUAUGUCACAAUGGAUGAAAUCCUUCGUCCUUACAAGGCAUGGUUGCACAUGUCGGGAACAAGCCAAGCUCAUGACACCUGCCUUUUUCAUGAAAAGGAUGAAAGAUUUUCAUUGGAUCUUCAGGAAUCUGAGAGCAAGAAAUUUUUGUUUUUAGCAUCGGAGAGUAAAACUACAAGAUUUGUUUUAUAUCUAGACAUUUCAAAACGUGAAAAAGAGUUAGUGUUUUUGACCCAGCGAGUUAGUGGGAUUGAAACAUAUGUUAGUCAUCGGGGAAAUCACUUUUUUAUUCAGAGGAGGAGUGAUGAAUGUUUUAACUCAGAGUUGCUUGCAUGCCCCAUGGAAGAUGUAUCACACACAACUGCUCUUCUUCCUCACCGGCCAAGCAUAAAGAUCCAAUACAUACAACUUUUUUACAACUAUCUUGCUGUUUAUGAGCGUGAACAAGGUUUGCCUAAAAUAACCGUUUAUAACCUUCCUGCUGUUGGAGAGCCAUUGAGAAAGCUUCAAGGUGGCAGGGCUAUUGAUUUCAUUGAUCCAAUAUACUCUGUGGAUCCAUCAGAAUCACAAUUUGCAUCAAGCAUCUUGAGGUUUUACUAUAGCUCCCUUAAAACUCCUCCUUCUGUAUAUGACUAUGAUAUGGACACCGGAGUUUCCGUUUUGAAGAAGAUUGACACGGUGUUGGGAGGCUUUGAUUCAUCAAAUUAUGUUACUGAAAGGAAAUGGGCUACUGCUUCAGAUGGGACUCAAAUACCCAUAUCAAUGGUUUAUAAUAAGAAUCUUGUGAAGCUUGAUGGUUCCGAUCCACUUCUUCUUUAUGGUUAUGGUUCGUAUGAGGUUUGCAUCGACCCAUAUUUCAAAGCAGAACGCUUUUCCUUGUUGGACCGAGGGUUCAUUUAUACAAUUGCCCACAUUCGUGGGGGUGGUGAAAUGGGGAGACCAUGGUAUGAAAAUGGGAAAUUGCUGAAGAAGAAAAAUACUUUCACAGACUUCAUUGCCUGUGCGGAGUAUUUGAUUGAAAAGGGGUAUUGUACCAAAGAAAAGCUUUGCAUUAAUGGUAGAAGUGCAGGGGGGUUGCUUAUUGGUGUUGUACUGAAUAUGCGCCCUGAUUUAUUUAAGGCAGCUGUAACAGGAGUACCUUUUGUGGAUGUUCUGACCACAAUGCUUGACCCUACUAUUCCUCUAACAACUUCUGAGUGGGAGGAAUGGGGUGAUCCUCGUAAAGAAGAAUACUAUUUCUACCUUAAGUCCUAUUCUCCAGUUGAUAAUGUCAAGGCACAAAAUUAUCCAGCAGUUCUUGUCACAACUGGUUUAAAUGAUACACGCGUUCUAUAUUCGGAACCAGCAAAGUAUGUAGCCAAGUUGAGGGAUAUGAAGACUGAUGACAAUAUACUACUAUUCAGAUGUGAAUUCAGCGCCGGGCACUCCUCAAAAUCAGGAAGGUUUGAAAAGCUAAAGGAAGUUGCUUUCACAUAUGCCUUCAUAUUGAAGGCCUCAAACUUGAUCCCUUCACCAAGCUCCCACCCCAACUUAUAAAGUGGUUCUGUAUUUUUCUAGUUUGAUUUGUUUCCUAUAAUGGUUGAUGUUAUUUGGCACCCAUAUUAUUAUUUCUUCAUUUUUUAAAAAAUUAGUACUCAAUAAGUAAAUAUAAUUUUACUAGGGGCAUUGACCCUAUAGUCAAGCUUUACAUCCUCCCUUGUAAGCGGUGAGAUUUUGAAUUUUUGUUUGUAAUUCUAGCAUUAUUGAAAUAUUAAACAAAAAAAAUUACAAUUAAGCAUUUAAGCCUAU